CGUUUCCACAGCACACACGGCUUCUUUCUUAUAGUUCAAACAAAAACGCGUUUUUUAGUUUCUCCUCAUCUUCAAAAAAAAAAAAUCUAACACACAAACAGAGUUACAGAGAAAGAAUCAGAGUUAUAUAUUUGGUCACAAAAAAAUUGUGUUUUGGUGUUGGGAAAUGGCGGAGCACUUGGCGUCGAUAUUUGGGACGGAGAAAGACAGAGUGAACUGCCCAUUCUACUUCAAGAUCGGAGCUUGCAGACACGGCGACCGGUGCUCGAGGCUCCACACGAAGCCCAGCGUAAGCCCGACCCUUCUCCUCUCCAACAUGUACCAGCGCCCUGACAUGAUCACGCCUGGCGUCGACGCUCAGGGCCAGCCCAUCGACCCUCGCACCAUUCAAACCCACUUCGAGGAGUUCUAUGAAGAUCUCUUUGAGGAGCUCACCAAGUACGGCGAGAUUGAAAGCCUCAAUAUCUGUGACAACCUUGCCGACCACAUGGUGGGCAAUGUCUAUGUUCAGUUCAGAGAGGAAGAACAUGCUGCAAAUGCACUUCGCAAUCUGACUGGAAGGUUUUAUGCUGGCCGUCCCAUCAUUGUUGAUUUUUCUCCAGUAACAGACUUUCGUGAAGCCACUUGUAGGCAGUACGAGGAGAACACUUGCAACCGUGGUGGAUACUGCAAUUUUAUGCACUUGAAAAGGAUCAGCAGGGAGUUAAGGUGGCAAUUGUUUGGGAGGUACCGACGAAGGCACAGCCGCAGUCGAAGCCGAAGUCGGAGCCCCUACAGGCAUCGUAGCUAUGAAGAGCGCUCUCAUGGGGGACGUGGUUCUAGCAAAAAGUAUGAUGAAAGGGAUUAUUAUCACGAAAGUCAGAGCAGGAGGCACAGGACCACAAGCCCUGGCCAUAGGAGAGGACGAAGCAGAAGCAAGAGCCCUGGGGAAAGGAGGAACCGCAGUCCAGUUAGGGAAGGCAGUGAAGAGCGGCGUGCCAAAAUUGAACAGUGGAAUAGGGAAAGAGAACAACAGCAAGAAAAUGCUAAUAAGGUCAAAAAUGAUGGAGAAAAUGCUAAUAUGCAGAAUGGAGAUCAGUACUAUAGCUACCAGCAGCAGCCACCUCCACAGCAAGAAAAAUAUAAUUACUGAUCCUUUUAACAGUAUCCGGUUCGUUUCCUCUUUCUCUUUGUUAUUUUGAUAGUCUUUGCUUCAUUGGGAGAAAGUUACAUUUCAUCAAGGACCACCAAUUUAAUAAAAAUAGCUUACAGCCCAUUUUCCACUGUGCAGGUGGUGUGCAGGUUCACAGUUCUGAUAUGGAAUUUGAAUUGUUAUUUUUCCUUUUUUUUUUUUUUUUGGGUGUGUGGGGUGGGGGCGGUGUGGGCUGUGCCUUUUCGUCUGCAUACAUACUGCUUUCUGUAUGCUUCAAUGCAUGCUUUAUCUCAUGAUAGGCUUCAAAGAAACUAUUUUAUCAUCUUAAACCAGUUUUUUUGCUUCCAUCUUCCAUCUAAGUCUUUGCAUUCCUUUUUAAGACCAACUGCUAUCAAGACUUAACCAUUUCAUCUCUGCCCUAUUUCCCUAUUAAACAGCUCUCUUUUAUCCUUAAUUGUCAACUAGUCAGUUCCUUGUAGGAUUAGGAUCCACUGGGUGUGAGCGAGUGUAGUUACAAAUUAAAAAUAAAAUAAAAAGAUAGCAAAACUAUUCAAUUCUUUUAUUUAGAAUCCCUUGACUAACUGUAAUUGAUGGUGCAUUAAAUCAAACAAACCUAACCACCUAUAUGAUAUCUUAAACUUCAACUCAUCCUUUGAUUAGAUUUUUCUGAAGUGUCCUUUUUCCAGAAUUGUAUAUAUAUGUGUGUGUGUGUGUGUGUGUGUGCGCGCGCGCUCCUGUGUGGAAUUUAUGCCACCAGCCUAAUGGGUAGAACUCUUACUAUAGAGGAUAUACGGAGGCAUGGUGUCAAUUUAAAUAAUGUUAGACAUACAAUUUUAAGGAAGUAAUUGGUUAAGUUUGUCUCCUUUAGUCAACACAAUGGAAAUCUUUGAGGAAGUCUAUUUUUGUUUGUUGAUUUACUCUUGCUGGGAGCCAAAUUCAAUAGCGUGCACCAUAAGCAUGUGUGGAACUUUUUGUUUGAUGUGAGAUAUUAGUAUAUGCAUGAAUGAUUUUACUGUCAGGGACUCUGUGAAAACCACCACACAUCAGGGGAACGAUCAAAUUUCCAUGGUUCUGUCUUUGGUUUAGUUUUCUAUGAACUCUCUUUUACCUUACUUUACCAUAGUUUUUGGGGAAGUUAAUGAUCUUACAUGUUAUGAGUUUUGCAGGUUCAGGUAUCCCUGCUUCUAAGGACCAAUAUUGUUUUAUUUGCAGCUUACCAUGAAAUUUAUGUACAGGUUGUUGAGUGCAGCAGCAGGAAGGGUUUAAGCAUGAGAAGGAAAGCACCUGCAAUCAAAUUCUUACUUCUGAGAGUCGUAGGUGAGGUCUUGAAAUAUUAUUGAUGGCUUUCUGGUCACGUCGCAGGUCAGGGAUAUGGCUGCAGUGUAAACAUUUGCUAUUUGGCAAUUGAUGUUAUUUGUGUUUUGGGUUUGUAAUAGCUUUGGGAUUGUUAAUUGGGUUCAUCGUUAUUGACAUCAUUAGGAUUUGCAUUGUGUAUUAAACUAUUCAACUUUUUAGCCUUUGUGUAUUGUGUUUUGCAAUAUUUUGAAUGCUAUUUCAUUUCAGCCAA